GAUAAGAAAAUGUUGGGAGCUUAUAAUGUUCUUCUUCCUUCAAAUCCGACCUUCCCAUCUUCCAUUGUUUUCUCACUGAGGCAAGCUUCUUCUCAACGAUGCCUUCUGCGUAUGUCCAUGGCAGAGAUCGGUCCACUACCCAUAAGCAACGAUAAUGGCUCCAGCAAGUCCUGGGACAAGUUCUAUAGACGCCAUCAGGGAAAGUUCUUCAAGGAUCGGCAUUACUUGGAGAAGGAUUGGGGACGAUACUUCUCCGAUGAAUCUCUAACUUCCUCAAAAGGCAAGAUCGUUCUAGAGGUUGGAUGUGGAGCAGGAAACACCAUCUUUCCCAUAUUGGGUAGUCACCCAAAUCUCUUUAUACAUGCCUGCGACUUCUCAUCAGAGGCAAUCGCACUUGUUAAGUCGCGUGCAGGCUUCAAUUUAGAAAGUGUGAAUGCAUUCACUUGUGAUGUUGCAAAAGAUGACCUUAGUGAUACAAUUAUGCCUUCUUCUGUUGAUAUUGUUACAUUGAUCUUUAUGCUGUCUUCUGUUUGUCCGGCCAAGAUGCCCUUGGUACUUCAGAAUAUCAAGAAAGUGCUGAAACCAAAUGGUUAUGUUCUUUUGCGUGAUUAUGCAACUGGAGACUAUGCUCAAGAAGAGUUGCAAAAGAGAAAUCAGAUGAUUACUGAGAGUUUCUAUGUCAGAGGAGAUGGUACUUUCUCGUUUUACUUCUCUGAAGAUUAUUUAUCGAGUUUGUUCAUUGAUGCUGGCUUCAAUGUCGUGGAAAUGGAUAUAUACACCAGAGAAGUGGAGAAUCGAUCCAAGAACGUAACAAUGAGGAGGCAAUGGAUACGUGGUAUUUUCUGCCUCUGAUAGUGACAUUUUUGCAAAAUUAUGUACUGAAUUAUUUAUUAGCUUAAUUGUGAUCCUAAAUUUAAAUUAUUGUUUAGUAUAUAAAUGUAGUGGGAUUUUAGACUGAA